UGCAUACAGACGUGAUCGCGAUUUUUCGUUCAAGUUACACGCGUGUUUGCUUGUGACUUACGACGAGACAUCAUGCUGUACAUGCCUAAAUAACGUUUCUGGCGAUGCUGCGGCAAUAUUACGGCUGUAACGAUAAGUUAUGUGCAGCGAUGUGAUAUGUCUACGCGUUCAUGAUAAAGUACUCGCCCUUUGUAAAUGUAUUUCGGUGCCAGGCGUGUAGGAAGCAGCUGGCAAGAUGGGCAAGUUGUUGUCAAAGAUCUUUGGCAACAAGGAGAUGCGAAUUCUUAUGUUAGGAUUGGAUGCUGCUGGGAAAACUACAAUACUAUAUAAACUUAAACUAGGACAGUCUGUAACAACUAUACCAACUGUAGGAUUCAAUGUAGAAACAGUUACCUAUAAGAACGUUAAGUUCAAUGUUUGGGAUGUUGGAGGACAAGAUAAAAUACGUCCAUUAUGGCGUCAUUAUUAUACUGGAACACAAGGACUUAUUUUUGUAGUAGACUGUGCAGACAGAGAUCGAAUUGAUGAAGCACGUCAAGAACUUCAUCGAAUUAUAAAUGAUAGAGAAAUGCGAGAUGCUAUUAUUUUAAUUUUUGCAAAUAAGCAAGAUCUUCCUGAUGCAAUGAAACCGCACGAAAUACAAGAAAAGUUGGGUUUAACUAGGAUACGAGACAGGAAUUGGUAUGUUCAACCAUCAUGUGCCACAACUGGUGAUGGGCUUUAUGAAGGCCUUACAUGGUUGACCAGUAAUCAUAAAUUAUGAGCAAAUAUUUAUUUUUCAUCGAUUAGCCACAUACCAAGAAUUUACAAGUACGUAUCCUUUAUAUUUUCCAACAAUUUUUUUUAACAGGGGCCAUUCAGAAUGCAGGGCUCAAUAUAAAACGCUUCGGAGUAAGGAAGAAAAUCAGUUAUUUCAAUAAAUUAUCAGCGUUUCUUAACAAUCACUUCAUGGAUCGUUUAUUUCUAAAAAGAUUAGCGAUGAUUCAAGGCGCUGUGUUUCAUCUGUAAUUAAAUGUUUUGAGAAAACUGAAAGUAGAUUUAGAAAACAUGAUCGCCUUUUUUAUCAACUAUAAAUUUUACUUGGUUAACGAUAACGGUCCACGAAGUUCAAAAUUGGGAAACGCUGACCUAUACUAUUAGCCAGAGAAUUCUCAAUGCACCAACAUCGAUGAAUAUUAUUAAAUUACACUGUUCGAAAACCAAAUAAAAAACAAUUCUUUUUCAGUCGUACGACAAUGAUGUCCGUAAUUAGAAAAUUCAUUUUACACGUAGAAAAGUUGUUUUUCUGCAAUUAUUUAUUUCAUUUUACAAAAGCUAUACGAAACAUUAAAAAUACUUUUUAAUCAGCAAACAGGAGACAGUUACACGUGUUCGUAUAAUAUACGUAUUGAUCGAUCAUCGUUUUAUAUAAAUUUUCCUGGGUGUAAAAAGUUGUUAGCUAAAGAACAGUAUUGUUUCUCGCAAAGUGGUGAAUGUUAAAAUAUUAUUGCGAGUAGCAACUAAAGGUGCAAUAGAAUUUUUUGGUUCUUAGUACAAGUAAAAGCUACAAUAUAAAUAUAUGAUAAGUGUAAUACUACAGUAAAUAUUAUAUAGAUAAAUAACGGUAAUUUUUACAAAAUUGAAAACCGAUAAA